AUGCCGACCUGCUCCUCCUCCCUUCCGUCCCCUGGGCUGCUCCUUCCACCCCGCGCCCCAGCGCUCUCCCUGCCCCCGCCCCGCCGCUACACCCCGGAGGGCCGUUCCUCCCGCGGGACCUCGCAUCUUUCAUGUUUCCGGCUAACUGGUGAAUCCACUUCGUCAGUAUGUGCCGUGGCCGGCGCUGCGGGCUGGCGCUCCCCCGGUAGGUCCCGGAGGGCCACGGGGCGCCUGCGUGCCCCCGCGGUGAGCGCCAGUCCCCCGCCACCCCUGCCUAGGGGUCGUCCGGCCACCUUCGGCCCAUCGACACGCGUGCAAACGUUCCAUGGGCAGAAAGUGAAUCUGGGGGGGGUGGUUUACUAUGGGUGA